AUGGCUCAGCAGAGGCAAUCGGGAAUGGAGAGGCUUGGGGUGAGAGUGGGGACCCACGAUCUGCACCACGCCAACGGUGCCGGCGAUCACGUCGCUGUCGGGAUUCGUGGUGGCGCCGCUCACAAACAGCCGCGGUUCCGGCGAUCGGCGCGAUCCGACAGGGGCACGCACCUGUCGGUGGCGGCAAUCCUUGUGUUUCUCUUCCUCGUACUUGUCGUCACUGUGCUCGUCUUCUCUUAUAUUUCUAGAGACGAAAUAAGUAACAAUGGCGAUGAUAGUGAUGAUUUAAAGAGUGAUUCUGAUUUUCUUACAAAUGUACCGCGGAUACAGAGGAAGAAAGUACUUGACUUUGGGCAUGGCUCUGGGGGACAUGGCCGAGAUUCAAGAUAUUGGGAUAAGGAUGAUAGGAGAAGGGAUGGUGACUAUGACGAGGAUAUGAUGGAGCGGACAAGUAAGGAUCCUGGAGAUGAAAUUGAUGAAGAUGAUGCUUCUGUAAAGAAGGACCAGAAUACGAAGUCUUCUCAGGAUGGCUUAAAGCGGAGGGGCGAUGGGUUGUAUAAUGAAGCUGGACGUCAUGAGUUGAAAAGAUAUGAAGCAGAAUAUGAGGCUUCUUUGAAGAAUCUGGGACACUCUACCGAAGAUGAUGGGAAUGUGUUGCAUGAGACUGAUCUAGAAAAGAAGAACGCAUCAGAUGAGAUUGAUGAUGAAUAUGAUGAUUUUUUUGAUUUUCAUGAUGUUCAAAUGGAAAAAUCUAAUGAUAGAGAAAAUAUUAGAGUGGAACAUUCUAAUUCAAACAUGUUCAGCUUGGACAAUGAACUUCAGAAACAGAAAGAAUCUAAUCAUUCUUUGGCUGAGGAAAACAAUGAUGAUGUUACUUCUGAGGAUGUUGAUGAGGCGUCUUCCUUGAAUAAAAAAAGUUCUCAUGAGGGAAAAACAAAUUCUAAACAUGCAAAUAUUUUUAAUGGACAAUCAACUAGAAAAUCACAUCCUGAGACAAAGAAGAAAGUCAGGCGACGUAAAUUUUCAGGUGAAGUUCAUUCAUUCUGA